CCUGCAUCUGUUGACUGCCUACAGUUCACUUUAGGCUCAGGUCAGAUACCCUCACUCAACCUUCCAGUCCAUCCGACGGGCCGCUUCCAUUCUCCACGCAGCCAUGAGGACCACUGUGGCCACCGUUGUCAUGGUGAUGUUGUGUGUGAUGAUGGCACGGGCAGACGUGAAGCCCCAAAGAGAUUUCAGCCUGCAGAAGUUUGCAGGGAAGUGGUACCGGGUGGGCCUGGCCUAUGACUCUCCAAGUUUUGCCCCCUACAGAGACAAAAUAAAGGCCUCCAUGGGCAUCGUCACAGCACUGCCAAACGGCAACGUUAACCUCACAAUGUGGGACGCCACGCCUUUAGGUUGUCAGAGUAAGCUGUACCAGUAUGAGAAGACCAACGUAGCCGGAACGUUCACCUACUUCAGCACACGCCAUAACAUGGUGAAGGACAUCACAGUGGUGGACACAAACUACACUGAUUACGCCUUGGUUCUCAAACACAAGGUUUUUAACAGAGAGUACACACAGGUGGCGCUUUACGGUCGCUCUCAAAGCGUCAGAACUAAUGUAAUUCAGAGGUUUAAAGCCUUUGCCUUGUCUCAGGGCUUCUCCAGAGAUUCUAUUCUGACUCCGCCUCCUGCAGAAAAUUGCCCACCAUCAGCAUCUGGACGUUAGGUUCCCUGAUGUGUCUGAGAGGGGGUUGGCAACGUAUUCUGAUGAGCUCCACUUUUUCCCAGCAUUUACUAUGAAGACCAAAGAACUCUCUUCCAUCAUUCUGGCUACAAAGAUGAUAAAUAGCAAAUACUGCUGAUGAAAUGUACUCAACAUCAUAUCUUCUCCUGUGCAGUCAUAGUUAAAUAAACAAUGUCUGACCUCCAGGUUACUUAAAUCCUUUCUGUCACCAAACAUCACACAAAAGCUUUAUAGGAAAAUGUUCUUUGUUGCGGUGGCUGUUUUCAAAUUGUUUAUAUAAAAUCUUUGGUUAAAUUCUGAGUUUUAAAUGUUCUCCUGACCCUCCUGAAUAUAAUCAACUGGGCUGUGUUGACACACUUAAAUAAACAGUAUUAACCUCCA